AUGGACGGCGUCAGUGCCGUCGCCGGUGCGCUCGCCAUCAUUGAUUUGAGCAUCAAGUCAGCGAAAGGCAUUCGAGACUUCCUAUCAACCUUUAAUGACGCGCCUCAGACUGUUGCUCAGCUCGCCCAAGAUGUCGAGAUACUAUCCACGUUCCUCGAGCGGCUGUCACAAUGUCCCUUGGACAUUUCUUCGCCCAAGACCGUCGCAUCGCUGAAAUUACACCUGGAUACCUGCGCAAAUACGCUAUCCGACUUCGAUGCUCUUCUGAAGAGUCUACAUCCUGUCUUAACGAGCCGAGCCGACCGACUACGUAUGAGACUUCGCGCUGUGCGGAAGGACAAGAAUAUUGAGAAGGCCCAGGACCGAAUUCGAGCCUUCGGGACCCAAAUCAACUUGUAUCUCACGCUGCUUCAGGCUGAAGCCACCGCCAGGACCUCUUCAAUCAAUGCGAGCACGGCUGAGACAACUGAAAGCAUCAUUCAGCAGAUCUUGGCCAAGAUGGAAAGAAUCCAAGAUCCCCUAGACAAAAAAGGCACAGAGAAUGGCAACCCAACAGCGACAGGGGAGCUUGCCGGAAAUAGGCGCCAAGAUAUCUCGGGCGUUGCCGAGCCGGAAGCCAUGGAGGCGUGCUCCAAGCUGGAGGAGAGUGUCUCUCGCUUAUCUCGCCUGGUCGACAACAACGGGUCGACGCUGGACGCGGAGGAUGCGGUGCAGAUCAUUAAUGACCUGGAGCGACUGAUUCAAUCGGCAAGAGACAAAGUCUGCAAGGACCAGAGCACGCUUUCGCUGCCUCUGGAACUACCAAGCCUUCCAGACGAACUGCGAAUGAUCGGGGGGAUGAUUUAUAGCGCUCCAGUGAUAGCCAUCAACCCUAACAGUGAGUUCCCCCAUUCGUGUGCUCCGAGCCACAGUCAUCCCUUUAAGACCAUCCUCACGAGUGUGCCCAAACGCGUAGGCAUCAAGCAGAAGCGGCUUAGAGAGGAGAUAGGUAUUGACUGUGGAGUUCUUACCAUCACCACAAACAAGAGGAAACGACUUGUACACGAAAAGACCUCUGAGGGCCCCCUAGACAAGGAACAAUCUCACGGGGAUGUUGUGGCUGGCCUUUCGUUCCGGCCAACGAAUCAUGCGCUAACUAUCCACAUUUCCGUCACACAAGGCCAGCUCUUCGAUCAAUGCGUCCAGAGCAUCCCAAGAAUUUCUAUCAACCCCAUCAUUCCGCGUGGCUCACCAGUUUUUGAUAUCGUGAGACAAGGCCGAAUCCACGAGUUCCGGGCCAUGCUUGCAGAGGGCGAGACUAAUGUGAGAGUUCAGGACGAGAGAGGAACAGGCCUGCUUCAUGAAAGUCUCCGCCAGCAAGUCACUUCAUGCAUUACAACUACUAACAUCAUCAUCACACAACAGUUGGAUCGGAAUGACACUCUGAGACUACUGCUGCAGCACGGAGCAGAUCCACUUUUAGAUGCAAACGAGAACCUCAGUCCAUUGGUGGAAGCCUGCGCCGAAGCGGAUGCUUCCGCUUUAAGAUUUUAUACGCAUUAUGGCGCUCCAUUUCUCUCAGGUGCAGUUAACGAAGUCGACGAAAUGGGACGAACGAUGCUACAUCGAGUGUGUGGCUCAUGGCCACGGGGACAUUGUAAUUGCGAUGCCCUGGCUGCCCUCAUCGACGCUGGGGCGAACAUUCAAGGCCGUGUGACCAACAACUACAUGGCCUUAAUGAAGGGCUUCACUUGCCUCCACACUCUCGUUUACUUUGCAUGGAACCCUUCGACGAGUGACGAGCUGGAAAGCUUGGUCUAUUUAAUCCAGCGAGGGGUUUCAGUCUACGCAGUCGACGACAAUCAUCGAUCGGUAUCCAUGACAGCAUAUAUCCAAAACGAGUUUGAAUGUGAGGGCGAAUGGACCCCAGUUGGUGGAUAUAGGGGUGAUCUAUGGGAUGCUGCCCUCGUAACCUGCGGAUACAGGCUAUCGGAAUUCCGCAGGCUUUAUCCCAGGUUACCAAGAUACGACUCAAGGUACAAGAGGUCCGAUUUUGAAAAGCUCUGGGAGGGUAUUGAGCACCUCUGUCCUUACUGGGACGAUCGCAGAUGGCCAGAUACUGGGACUCACAGGAGUUGCUCUAUGGACGCAGAUGAUGAAGGCUCAGGUUCGAGUCAUUGGGAUGGUUGCGAGCCAUCGUAUCUCGAAGCCAGUGACAUUCAUGAACCCCAGUCAGGUCGGAUCACUGGAUUGCUUGAAGAAGAGACUAGCCAUGAUGGCAUAGUUGAAGACGAGACCAGUGAGACCAAGAGAGGUGCUCAAGAAACCGUCAGCGACAGCGACUUCAUGGUCUCGGCCAAACUGGGUCUCCCUAUUGGUCUCAAGUUCAGCCUCAAGGUGGCCUCACUGGACCUUUCUAUCGGUUUGAUUGAUGAGCCUUCCGCCAAGGGUGUGGCUCAGUAUUCUGGUUCCAUCGAGGGCGACAGCAAGGGCUCCUCUAAUGCUUUCAAGGAGACAGGUGGACGCAAGGGUAUUGCAACGUAG